CACGUCUCGUUAAAUUACAACGAUCGAAACAAUCUCCCGCAGUUCUCGUCCCUGGAUCGUGAGAAGUCAAACGUACGGAGAUGAAAAUAAUUAUCGGAAUUAAUCUCACCUGUGUUGCACUGUUGGUAUUCGGAGCUGAUGAAUUUUGUGAAAUUAACGAGCAUGGAUUCAAAAUUUGUGAGAAGUCCAACGUUAUCACGCACAUCAAUAACACCAAGGGCCUAGAAUUCUGUACUCUGCAUCUGGAGAAUAAUACCACAAUCUCUUCAAAUGUCUUCAAGAACUCCAAUAUCACGGAACUCUGGUUGAUUCUACCUGAGACCAGUUCUCCAAACCUAUUGUCACUCCACGCAGAUGCUUUCGUGGGUUUAGAAAACUUGAAUACUCUGCGAAUCCUUGACGCGAACAUCUCUUACACCGGAAACCCUUGGAUCCAACUAAAGAAUCUCCAAAAUCUGAGAUGCAUAAGCUGUGGAUUUACUAAAAUACCAACUGAAAUCUUGUCAUCAUUACCAAACCUCAAGGAGCUGGAACUCGCUGGAAAUGGAAUAAAAACAGUUCAUCGAAAUAGUUUUGCUAGGUUAAAGAACUUGACAGCUCUCACGUUAGAGAGAAAUGGACGAAUGAAUCUUGAAUCAGGAUGUUUCACUGGUCUCGAUGAACUGCUAGUCCUGGAUUUGUCUCACAAUUCUUUUGAUCUCCUACCAGGUGCAUUCGAUGGAUUGAAACAGCUGAAGGUUCUUUUCAUGUAUGGAAUUACUGAGAGUAAUAUGACACUGCCUAAUACAUUUCGUGGAAUGCCAGCCCUCACUCGUUUGGAAUUAGCAAAUGGCGACCUGGAGACACUAGGUCCUGGGAUGUUUGAUGAUCUCUCGGAUAUUCGGACCCUCAGAGUCAACCGCAAUAAGCUGCAUCACAUCCCGAAGGGUGUGUUUAAUAAGCUCAAGUCAUUGAAGCAUCUCUCUCUAGUCGAUAAUAAUAUUACGACUGUAGAAACUGGUGCAUUCGACGGUUUGGACCUUCAAACACUAGAUUUAACAUCCAACAAAGCCCUCGGAGUCGUUGCUACUGGAACAUUCAGUGGCUUGAGUGUCGGAUUUUUGAGUCUUGAUUCUUGUAACAUCACGGAGAUCAAGCCUCAAGCUUUCAAGGGAUUGAAUGCUGGGGCUUUGGAUUUAGGACAUAAUCAACUGACGAAAAUCGGAGUUGAGGACUUCUCUGGACUUCAGACUGGAAUGUUAUAUCUGAGCUUCAAUAACAUUUCCGAAAUCAUGCCAGAUGCAUUCAAAAAUACCAAAGUACAAGUAAUUAGAAUAGAUGAUGAGUUUGUAGAAAAUCUGAGGAGAGGGGAUUGGGGUCUUCCGGAAUCAGUGGAAAUCUUCGAACGUAACGUGGAAAUUCUUAAUGGAGAACUUAGUGAAAAAGGUCGAAAGAUUUUCGAGUUCGAUGUGAAGAAAAUCAAUUGCAAGUCUUGGCUCAAAGAUCAUAUACUGGGGAUAAGAAAGCAUCUGUUGAAAGAAGACUUGGAUAAUUUAGACGAAGCGAUAGCAAAGAUGCAGAAAGUCAAGAGUUCUUCAGUUGUCGGAAGUCUUCAGUGGAGAUCAGACUCGUUCUAUCAAGCAGCAAUUUCCACCACGAUGAAACGACUUAUUGAAAUAAUUUUCGUUUUCUUCAUAUCAGCAGUGAUCGCUGAAGAUGAAACCUGUCAAAAAGCGGAUUGGGGCUACAAAACAUGUAAGAAAUCUAAUACAAUUACUCGUGUUAGUACCGAAGACUCAUUAUUCAACAGUUAUUUUACCAUGCAAUUACCUGAUGACACGAUUAUCAGCGAAAAUGUCUUCAGUGCUCCAAAACUUCAAGUACUUCGCAUACACUUACCGUACGUUAACAGAGAGAACAGAUCUUCAGCUAGCUCGCUAUCAUUAUUUCGGGAUUCAUUCACUGGUUUGCCAAACCUGACAACUCUGGACAUCAAAAACGCCAACAUCAACUUCAACGGUGCCAAUCCCUUUAGUCCACUUGAAUCAUUGACGAAUUUGGAAAUAAGCAAAGGUAAUUUCACCGAAGUACCUACCAAAAUACUGGAAUCUCUCCCAAAACUUACUAAACUGUCGCUGAGAAAUAAUAAAAUAAGUGCAAUUCGUGCUCAUGAUCUUGCACCGUUGACGCAUUUGGAGGAUUUGGAUCUGAGCUGGAAUGAAAUAACUCAUGUUGAACCAGGUUCUUUUGAGAGACUUAAAGCAUUGAGAGUUUUGAGUUUAUCUACUAACGCUUUCCCAGCAGUUUCUGGAAUAUUCAAGGGUCUGACGUUGCUGAAGAAACUCCGCAUAUCUAGAUGUUUUGAUCAUAACGGAUUUCAGUCCUUCGUCCUUCAAGAUGUACCAAACCUAGAUGAACUUCAAGUAGCUUUCAAUAAUAUAACAGUAUUCCAGCCCGGAAUGUUUAAUGCUGUCUUUAGACUCCGUGAGCUGUCAUUGUAUGGUAAUGAGAUUCGAGAAGUUCCUGCAGGAGUGUUCGAACAGCUGAGAUCCCUAAAGGAAAUUUCUCUCGUCGAGAAUGAAAUUGAAACGAUAACACCAGGUGCAUUUGGUACUUUGAACCUUGAUGACUUGAUCAUCUCUCAUAAUCGUCCAUUGAAAACCAUUUUGACUGAUACAUUCAAGGGUCUUACUGUUCGCCGGAUGACAUUGGCUAAAAAUGGUAUAUCUGAACUGAAACCAAGAGCUUUCAAUCUUUUGCACGUUACCAAUAUGAUAGAUCUGACUGAGAAUAAUAUAAAUACAGUUGGGACCGAGGACUUUUCUGGACUCAAGACUAAGGACUUGGAUUUGAGCCAGAACAAUCUCACUGCAAUCUCGCCUGAUGCAUUCAAAAAUACGGAACUCCAACGACUUGGACUCUUCGGUGAUUCUGUCAUGAUCACUGACAAAGCGAAAGUCGGCCUCGAAGAAUCGGUAGUAAUUAUGAGAUAAUUCCACGAAUAAGCCCUUGUACUCGCUAUGGAAUGUAUUUUGUAUGAUGUUCGGAACUUGUGAUAAAAAUACGAACGAGUGUAAUGUACUCAUUUUUUUGAAUGAACAAAUAUUCAUGGGAAUCUAUUAAAUUGCCGCUAAUUUCCAAUUUAA